AUGUGGUUACUUUGGAAUUUCUUGGUGAUCCUGGCAUAUAGUGGGAUCUUAAUUUGCUGUGAAGACAAUUAUAGUGCCUCAUCAUCGGUAAUUGUGAAUGAGACUCAGUCUAGUGGAAGUUCAUGUCAGUCACCAAAAUCUUUAAACGAGGAUUUUAGUACUUUGAGCUCAAAAAUUGGUUGGGAAACGCCUUCCACAUCCAAAAAUGUUACAUUAUCCAGCUCUAGUAGAGGCGGUAGUAAGAGUUUUAGCAGUAAUAAUGACAGAACUUCUAUGCUUAUGCAACAACAAGCUGUCAAGUCAUUUGGCCCUAAUGCAGCAGAUUUAAAACAAGGAACUGAUACGUCCAAUCAGACCUUUCUUUCGUUCAACGAAUGGAGAUUAGCAAAGAUAAAUCAAGAAGUUAUACAAGAACAACAAAGAUCGAAGGCUAAGGAACAAAUGGAGUCGCUCGAGUCAGAACCGCUUGGAGAUGAUAUGGAAAUUGAACUUUCUGUUUUUUCUACGACUGAUGCUAUUAAAGACAAACAGGAAUCUGAACCAGAAGGAAAAGUUUACAAUCAUAAAUUCAACUUUGCAUCUCUGGACUGUGCCGCUACUAUUGUUAAGACAAACUCAGAGGCUUCUGGAGCUACUUCGAUUCUUACCGAGAAUAAAGAUAAGUAUCUGUUGAACCCCUGUUCGGCUCCUAACAAAUUCAUAAUUAUUGAGUUGUGUCAAGAUAUUUUAGUGGAAGAAGUUGCUCUUGCCAAUUUCGAAUUUUUCUCGUCGACAUUCAGUAGAAUUAGGCUUUCAGUAUCAGAUUUGUAUCCGGUGGCUAAAAAUGGUUGGAGAGUACUUGGUGAAUUUGACGCGGAGAAUUCAAGAAAUUUACAAAGUUUCCCAAUACAAAAUCCCCAGAUUUGGGCUAGAUAUUUAAGAAUUGAAAUACUUACUCACCAUGAUAAGGAAUUUUACUGUCCCGUGUCUCUAGUAAGAGUUCAUGGUAAGACAAUGAUGGACGAGUUUAAGAUGGAAAAUACUCAGGAAUUACCUUCUAACCAAGAAAAUUCACAAGAAGUGGAAGAACCCGAGGAUGAUACUAGUGAGCAAUGCAUAAAUGAGAUUAUAGAAAAAUGUAACUCAUGGCCUUCGAUUGAUCCUGACAAUAUUACUUAUCUGCCUGAUUUACCAGAAACUUUCUCAAAUUGUCAAUCGAAAUUGGUUCCACUCAAGUUUGAAGAAUUUUUGAAAGAAUUAAACAGGUCUCAUUGUUUGCCUAAGAAUAAGAAUAACAGUUCAACUUUCUCUCCAUCGCCAGCUUUUUCCACAGAGGAAUCUAUAUUUAAAAACAUCAUGAAACGUUUAACCACGUUAGAGAGUAAUGCAAAUUUGACUGUACUAUACAUUGAAGAACAAAGCAAACUACUGGCUGAAUCCUUUGAACAGAUGGAAAGAACUCAAUUUUUUAACUUCGACAAUUUGGUAUCCAUUUUCAAUCAAACAAUAAUGGAAAAUUUAAACGUACUGAGGGUUUUCGCAAAUCAAUUGAAGGACCAAUCAAUACGAAUACUGGAAGAACAAAAACUUAAUAACGAUCAAUUCACCACACAAAAUACCAUUAAACUUGCGAACCUAGAGAAAGAACUACGAAUACAACAAAGAUUUGCAUACACCAUUACCACUGGAUUAAUUGCCGUGAUGGUAUAUUUUAUUUUUCAUAGAGAAUCAUAUCUGGAUAACCAUAAAAAGUCAAUUAGUACCGAUACUCAAGCUGUAGAAGAAAACAAGGAGAUUGUAGAUAGUAUCUAG